GGUCAUUGGCUGGUCCGCGCAUUGGCUGGGUGUGUAGGAAGAAGGAGGCGUUCUGCAGCGUGACGUCAGCCAGCAGGAUAGCACAAAUCUCUGGUUUUAAGAUGUUAGUCAAACAGGGAAGAGCCUGAGCCUUAAGCUGAAUCUCCAUUGUCACUUGUGCAGGAGUUAGUGAAUGGGACCAGCAUCUACUACUCACUAAAUCCUGUCUAUCCUUGGAACCUGUGGCAGAGGCAAGUAGCCACUGACACUUCACAGCCACCCCCUGAUGCCUUCCCCCAUCUACAUCAUGCAUUACCCGCUAGCUCACUAGAGGGAUCAUUCUGCAUCAUUCUUGAUAACAUCCUGCAGCAGAGAGAGAGAAAGAGAGAGAGAGAAGGAAAAGCAAGUCAUAGCAAUCUAAUGACUGCACUGGACUCAGCAGGACUUAAAUAUAAGGCUCCUUAAGCCUGCACUUAACGAGUGACUUGCUGAAACUAUUUCGCCCAGCUCACUUUAAUAUCGAUCUAUUUGGUGCCACCAGUUGGACACACAGAGGAAUUGAAUUUCGUUGCCAGCAGUAGAGUUUAUUCCGCCUCUCUCUCAUUUUUUUCCCCUGUAAUUCGAGCGCUUUUUACAACUUACUUGGAUAUAUAUAUUUUUUGGAAACUCUCUCUGCUGAUCACAUAUCAUCGAUGAACUAUAUGAAAGACCCAUUACAUUUGGAUCAUUUGACUGGGAGUAAAUUGGCUACGGUUCCUUCCCAUCACCACCACCACCACCAUCAUCACCAUCACCAGGCUGUGGCUCUUGUAUCCAUGGCAUCUUCCUUGGGGCAACGCUCUGUGGAGUGUAAGCAAAGACUGGAGGUUCAUACCAUCUCAGAUACCUCCAGCCCAGAAGCCACAGAUAAGGACAAAAGCCAUUCAAGCAAAAAUGAAGACAGCAAUGCGGAUGAUCCUUCCAAGAAGAAGCGUCAGCGCAGGCAGAGAACCCAUUUCACUAGCCAGCAGCUGCAGGAGCUGGAGGCCACCUUUCAGAGGAACCGCUACCCAGACAUGUCCACCAGAGAGGAGAUUGCUGUGUGGACCAACCUCACGGAGGCCAGAGUCAGAGUGUGGUUCAAGAACCGCAGAGCCAAAUGGAGGAAAAGGGAAAGGAACCAGCAAGCAGAGCUGUGCAAAAACGGCUUUGGACCUCAGUUCAAUGGACUUAUGCAGCCAUAUGACGACAUGUACCCCGGCUACUCCUACAACAACUGGGCAGCCAAGGGCUUGACCUCAGCCUCUCUCUCCACAAAGAGCUUUCCCUUCUUCAACUCCAUGAAUGUUAACCCCUUGUCCUCACAGAGCAUGUUCUCCUCUCCCAACUCCAUCUCCUCCAUGAGCAUGUCCUCCAGCAUGGUACCCUCUGCGGUCACAGGAGUGCCAGGCUCUGGUCUGAAUAGCUUGAAUAACCUCAACAACUUGAGCAAUCCCUCUCUGAAUUCAGCUGUGCCAACGCCAGCCUGCCCUUAUGCCCCUCCAACACCUCCAUAUGUCUAUCGGGACACAUGUAACUCCAGCCUGGCAAGCCUUAGACUCAAAGCCAAGCAGCACUCUAGUUUCGGAUAUGCCAGUGUUCAGAACCCAGGAUCCAACCUUAGUGCAUGCCAGUAUGCUGUGGACAGACCCGUGUGAUAAAUACAUAUAAUAAUAUAUGUAAGAAUGCAUACACAUAUUUACUAAACGGAAACUCGCUUCUUGUAAGACAAAGACAAUAUAAUCAUGGAAAAAUACCUGGGCACUGCACGAGAAAAGGAGAGAAGGGAAGAUUGACUCAAAAAAUCUUUUGUUUCCAAAGGAAUUUAAGAAGUAAUAUUUUCCAAGUAUUACCAACAGAUACCGGGACAUUGAUAAAUAUAUAUGUAUAUGGACACAUGUUUGACUGGAUAUGACAUUUUAUUGUUACUAUAAGCUUGUUAUUUUUUUUUAUGUUUAGCAUUGUUUUAAAAAAAAUGGACUGAAAGGAUGUAUAUAUUGAAAUGUCAAAUUAAUUUUAUAAAAGUUCUUAGUCAUAUCUUUACAGUGUUAAUACACAUUAGGCUUCACCAUAAAGCAUGCCAUUAAAACGAAUUGAGAUUCCCUUUUUUUCGUUUCGAAGCAAAGCAGAAUGUAUAUAAGAAAAUGCAACACUGUAUUUAUGAUCACAGGAACACAUUUGUGACUUUAAUUUAGAAUAGUACCUUGUUUUCACAGAACAACCCAACUUAUAAUUGUACAAUUUCAUUUCUACAAUUAUUCAUUUUCAGACAAAAAAAAAUCUUGCUUUAUUUGCUGGAGAACAGUUUACAUAUUCGUAUAGUAAAACAAUUUAAAAAUUACAAAUUUAAAAUGUAAAACAUUUAAAACAUGGGGUGUUUCAAGUAAAUUCCCCCAGAGGACCCCCCAGGUUUAUUGCACACAGCUCAUCUACCCGCUGGAGUUUCCAUUGCAUUUACAAUUGUAAUUAUUUAUUUGUUGGUUUCAAUAUUCUGGAUAUAUAACCGAAAUAUCGGAUUGUAAAUUGAAUUCUAAUGUAUUGUUUUAAAAUUAUUUGGCAAAAAAAAAAAUGACAAUGAUGCCGCUUCAACAAUAAAUGUAUCUCUUUGGGAAAA